UUGAUUGUGGUCACAGCUCAGAGGUAUUGUGUUUGAAUGAGGUUAGUUUCGUUUCUAUAGAUAAGAUAUCGCGCGGAGAAAAUCCUAUACUUUCCCAUGCGGUUAUUGGACGCUGGACGUAAGUUGAUUGUGAGGUGUGAUAUGCGCGGCCCUUGUCCCAUCAAUACAUACAGAAUGCAGCGAAUAGAGUGAUAAGGAAACAUUGCAAGUUUCGUACAAUCUUUGGAUCAAACUUUCCCGUCUAUCGAAGCUUUCAUACAGGUGUGCAGAGGGCUUCAGCUAUCAGCUAUUAGACAUAAUUUCUAUAAAACCAUGUAGCAUUCAAGGGCUAUUCAGACAGUUAGUGAGACCCUUGGCUGGAUCAACUGGUUGAUCUAUGUUUCUUGUAUCGAGUUCUAUCCAAGUUCUGGCGCGUAAUCAUGGAUCACGUUCAUGGCGGACCGGAUGAUAUGGAGAUGUUGUGUCCGAUGCAGAUGUCGUUCCACGGUGGAAGCUGUGAAGUGAUUCUGUUUCCAGCAUGGGCUACUACCGAAACGGGUCAGUUCGUUGGAGCAUGGUUCGGGUUCUUUCUGCUGGCACUACUCUACGAGGGACUUAAGUUCUACCGGGAGAUUCUGAGGGCGAAGCAGCUGAAGGCCGCAGUAUCGGGCGAAACGAGGAACAUGCGCUAUCACUUGACGAGCAAACUUCACCUUCUUCAAACGGUGCUUCAUCUGAUUCAGGUGUCGGUGUCCUAUAUUUUGAUGCUGAUUGUGAUGACUUUCAAUCUGUGGUUGUGCCUGGCCGUCGUUUCCGGAGCUGCCAUCGGGUACUACUUUUUCGGUUGGUUCCGUCAAAGUACGCUGGAUCCGAACGAGUGCUGCAAUUGACUAGUGGAGACCGAUGAGGGCGGAUACGCGGAGAAUAUCGGGUACGGAUCGGCUAUUGGGUUGAUCGAUUAACCGCUGCGGGAAUAGGAAGAGAGACGAAUAGUGUGAAACAAAAAAUACUUUAUCGAACAGAACAAUCGAGCAAAGUAACUAAACGUUACUUAUGCUUCAUUUCACGGAGCGAAGUAUUGUACUUUCAACCGUGCAUUAACUUAAAUUUUCGAUAGUUGUCAAAUCAUGGUUAUAAGGUAUAUUCUGGGAUGCUUUUAUUGAAACUUUUAAUAAUUUCUUCGUUUUUUAUUAGAAUUGCACACCAAUUGCACAAGGAAUCCAACGGUUACGAUACGGAACGAAUGCAAAAUAUAAUUUGAGGUAUUUUAAGUGCUAUCUGCGGAAGCGGUUGCCAACAUUCUAGUGUUGGAAUCAUAACAAAGUAAGUGUUGCCGUUUUGACUGAUUUUCACUCCUCGCUUCUCUUCCUAUUCUCUCAGGGUAAAUGCACAAGUAAAUAAUGACUAAUAUAGUGUAGAAAAAGAAGGCCUUCGUUAUUCUCUUUCUAGUUUCUUUUCUAAUGUAGAUUAAAUUAGGAAAAUACUGCAGUAAACUUUUGCAGGGUAUUGAGAUGAAACCUCCACUUCUUAGCUAGUAAGACCAAAUUACUAAAUUUGUACAGUACAGGAUAAAGAAACAUACAUUAAGUUACUCUAGACGAAAAAGUGUAAAUAAAAUUGUACAAAGUA